GUUAAUUAAUAACAUAAAACAAAAACUUUCCACGUACUUAUUCUUGUAUCAUUAUUAAAAAGAAACGAAAAUAUCUCAUCACGCCGACCAACUCCAUUUAAAAAUAAAUAGAAGAAUAAAGAUCGUGGGAAGAAGUAGAAGAAGAACCCUCUCGUUACGUUAUCUAUCAACAACAUUCAACGGUCUUCAUGCAAAUCGAAAAAUCGCAUUUGAUAGCCAUCUUACAAACCAUUCCGACGACACGUGCAUAGCCAUCACCAUUCUUCACACGCCACGUGUUUCUCAAUCCACCGCCGUGAUCCGCCCCACCACGCCACGUUUCGUGAUACAUCUUCUUGUCUCUUACUUACGUCCCCACAUCGUACUUACUUAUAAAAAACAUGAGAGAUUAUUUCUAAAAGAUUCAUUACUUAUUUUAGAAAAUCCACUCUUUUCUUCUUAUAUAUAGAAUCAAUCAUAGACUGUGAGAGAUAUUCAUCAACACUUUUUGUUUUGUUUCCAAGCUAUAAAGUCUGAGAGAUAUGGAAGUAAGCAAGAGAAUGGACAUGUUAGAGAGGAGGUCUUCGAUCGAGACAGAGCCCAUGACGUUGCAUCUCGAUCAAUUAGAAAAUGCUCGAGAAGAAGCAAUUUAUGUGAUGAAGACGAAGACAAUGGAGGAAGCUAUGGAUAUUUUCACAAAGGAGACGCAUGAGAGUUUAAGAGCUAGUGAAGAAAGAGGAGGACGAUGCAUUAAUCUGAAGGAUGAGGAUGAUGAUGAUGAAGACGAAAGGAUGAUGUUUAUGAGUCCUCAUGGUUGGGACAUUGCUACAGCUCCGUUCUAAUUUAGUAAUUUGUAAACUCUUUUUUGUCUCUUUGAUGUUCAGUUUUCCUAUGGUAGUCCUUGGAUCUUUUUGUAAAUAUCUGAAUACUUGGAUAUUUAGAUGUUGUAUAAGCCUUAUAUAUUUUACAUAAUGGUCUAUUAAAGAAGGAAAAACCAUUAUGAAGCACAAUCUGAAAGAUUUUAGAACGUCAUAUCAUCUUAAGAACAUAGAUAUGAAGGUGCAUGUGACUAAAAUAUAUAGUAAAUUUAAUAAUCGAAGUCAAUUUUUUGUUUU